AUGGGAUAUUUUUUAAGUGAAGAUCGUAACAAGUUGAGGUACCCAGAUUACUGGGACCGAGAUCCGAACACAUGGGGGAACAUAAAUGAUUGGGAUGUUUACUGGGCUGCGCAACCACAACGUGUACUACUUAAUAAAUGCAAUUCUCACUCAGCUUUAUCAGAAGAACUGAAUAUUCUAAAGAAAAUACUUGAUCCUACGAAUCCUCUAAUCUGGCAACCGCUGGUUGAGAAGGUUUUUAGCGCUGGUAAAAACCGACAGAAGGUUUUUAGCGCUGAUAAAGACCGCUGGUGCGUGGGCAUGAAAACGUUGGUCGGAACGAGUAAUGACAAAAUUUGGGAAGGAAUGAAUCAAAUUUCUUCGUUAAAGGUAGGGUCUGACAUAGUCGAUUUGAAAUUGGAAAUUGAUCAGAAAGAAGGAAGGCGAGCUGUUCACCAGAUAACGCAAGAAGGACUCAAAGUAGCGCAAAAAGGAAUACAGAAAUAUUCUGAAGCAGAAUUUGAUACACGAACUAAGGUUCGGCCACCAACACCAACAAAUCGAAAUUAUCAAGAAAUACAAAACGAUGAUGAUAGUUAUUAUAUAACUAAUGGUACGGAUGAUUAUUUGCAGAAAGCGGUAGAGUCCAUGGCUGGCCAAGUGGAAAGUGUUGAGUUGAUAGUUGACGAUGUCAAUUUGGAAGAGAUUUUCGAAAAUUACCGUAAUGAAUGUAAAAAUAAGUUUGAUGACAUAAUGGAUUUGAGACCCGCUUCACAAUUAACAAAUCUUGUUCCUGAAGUAACGUGGGAGAAAUUUAUCUCAGACACUUAUCCUGAAUAUAAAAUACCAGAAAAAUGA